UACAGACGUAGAAGCCAUGUUGAUAUUUUCUUUCUUUUUUCGUCAUGUACCGACUCACAUGUAUUUGAGAACGAAAAACGAUUACUAGUGGAAUCAGGAAUCACAAGAAAUAAAAUAUGGUGGUUGUUGGAAGUUUUUAGAUGGUGGUUUUCUUUUGUUCUUAAAACUAUUGUGGUGGAUUCUAUGAAGUGCACAUUGUUCAAUUACUAAAAACAUAAGACAAAACGUCUUACGGAAAUGUCUUCUAUGCAUUUUGUGGUUCAUCCUUUGCCUGGGACAGAGGAUCAAUUGAUAGACAGAUUAAAAGAGGUUUCUGAGCGCUGGAACCGAUAUGGGACAGGGGCUGGAUCGUCAGCGCUCAGCACACUGCGUGGUGUGCGAGCCGUGACCGCCGGCCCCGCCCACAUCGCUUGCCUACUUGACGACGGCACGAUAUGCCGCGCCGCAUUCUCCAUCAUCCCCGACAGGCUCGACUUGAGCAAAGCGGACGCCAGCAAGAACGGUGGGAAUGGAGGUGGAGGAAGUGGGGGAGGUGGGACUAGUGGGGGGAAACAAGGCGGCAGCAGUGGCGGCUGCGGCUCUAGACAACAGCCGCGGACUAGGGCUCGCAUCAUGAGAAACUCAAUUCGUGCUGCACCCAGUUCACAAGGGUCUACGAGUCGUGCCACUGGUGUAAUUAUAGGCGCAUCUAGCUCCGGGCGAGUCGUGUCCGUUCCGGCGCCUUUUGUACCGGAGGAUUUGGUAACACAGGCUCAAGUUGUUCUUCAAGGAAAAAGUCGCAGUCUCAUUAUACGAGAAUUGCAGCGUACAAACCUGGACGUGAACCUAGCCGUAAACAACUUGCUGUCCCGCGACGAUGAGGAGGGCGAGGAGCCAGAGGGUGGCGAGGGCGGCGACGGCUACGUGCCAGAGGACCUCAUCUCGCUGCUCGACAGCGGCUUCCACGCCACGCAGCAGGACCAUUCCGUCAUAAUCGACGCCGAUGCGAUGUUCUCCGAGGACAUCUUCGGGUACGCGACUAUCAGAAGUCGUAACGGGGGCGGCGGCAGUGGCAGUGGUGGUGGACGCGCGGGCGCCAGCCGCGAGGGCAGUAGCUCCACGCAGGAGCGGCCCUCGGAGUUCAGCAGGUGGCGCGAUCGUCAGUACUUCGGCCCAAGGAGGUGGCUCGAAUCCGCUCUGAGAGAUACAUCGUGGGAUAAAGAUGGAGUUGACAACAAGAAAAAAGAUUCUGCAAUGAGCGCGUCGCCGCUGUGGGUGUCCGAGGAACUGGAGUACUGGGACAGCAAUAUCCGCUUCACGCACAUUGCGGCCACCUACAGUGAGCUCAUCGCAGUCUCCAGCCUCGGCCAGCUGCACCAGUGGCGCUGGGCUGACGCGCAUCCUUACCAGCGCAAUGACUGCUCCAGUUCUAACAGUCUGUACCACCCGCGCGGCAACUGGCUCGGCAUGAUGUCGGGAGAGCGUAUCGUCAACAUUAGCGCCGCUGGCAUUCGAGUUUCCGUGCUCACUGACACAGGCAGAAUUGCCACCUUCCUCGAUGAGUCUAUUGCUCACGCACCGGGCGCCGCUCGCUUGGAGCAUCCUCUGCAAACGUUCACGGAGUUUGGCAGUGACAAGGCUGUGUCUCUGCACGCCUGCUCGCUCUACACUGUGGCCAAACUGGACUCUGGAGCUCUCUACUGGUGGGGCGUACUUCCACUGGGCCAGCGCGCUCGCCUGUGGGAGAAGCACCGCGCACGCUCCCGCAAGCAGCAGCGCGGCCACUCGUCCGCGACGCCGCAGGACCUGCAGGCGGGACAAAACGUCACCAUGAAGAACGCGCCCAUGUACCAGCCCGGCGCUAUAGGUUUCAACAUGUCCUCGGGUGUGCCGAAAGUGGGCGUGUUGCAAAAUGCGGCCUGGAACCUAUCGGAUAUGUGCCGCUUCAAGUUGCUGCCACCGCCUCAGCUUGACCGCUCCAUCUCAGAUAAAGACAAGAGAGAUAUUCAGAAUCAAUCUCCGCUGACUGUGUCCUCCGUGAAAGCGUCCUCUUCCGGCGGAAGUGGCAAGGAUAGUGGCAAGGACAGCAAUAAGGAUAUGGCGGACCGCCUGGACAUGCCACCGCCGCCCAGCCCCGCCUCUUCUACUUGCAGUGACACCAGCACUUCACACAAACGUGCUAAACGUGUGACCGUUCGUGGUGAGGAAGGUUCUUCCAACGAUGGCUCCAAACGUGACGAGGAAGAGUGGCCAUUGAAGGAAGUAGUCUUUCUCGAGGAUGUGAAGAGCGUGCCAUUGGGCCGCGUGCUCAAGGUUGACGGAGCUUACGCGGCAGUGCGGUUCCCGACUAUGGGCAAGGACGGCAAGGAGGUGCUGCCCUCCACCACUGAUGACUGGACGACCGUGCUUCAAGACUGCCGGCUCGUACGCAAAGAUGAUUUGGUAGCGGUGAAGUGGGGCGCGGGAAGUGGAUCUGGGUCCCGCGGACCGGACUGCCUGCAGCGCUCGCCCAGGAAGGUCGCUCUUCCACCUGAGUUGCAAGUUAUUACCAUCGCAGUUGACAGUCGCGGGGUGCACGCCGUAGUGAAGCGACCGGGCGGCGCGUUGGCGUACGCCGUAUACGCGGUGGGCGCGACUCGUGCGCUUACUGACAGCGUCUUCCCCACUGACCACGAGGCAUUGCUCGGUCACACCAACGGAGCCGGUAUUCAGCUCGCCACUGCCGCAGAAGGUAGCGAGGCGGUGGUGGUGAUGGCGGACGGCAACGGCGCGCUGUACCCCAUCGCGCGCGACUGUGUAGGCAUGGUGCGCGAGCCACCGCCGCUCAACCUGCCGCCCGCGCGCGCACUCACCGCACACGCGUUGCCGCUGCAGCCGCAUGGCGCCGCGCACUCGCACCACGCUGCGCUCAAGUCACAGGUGGCGCUUAUAAUAAUAGUACCAGAGCCACAGCUGAUGAUGCCGCGUGUGCUGCGCUGCGAUUUGGAAGGUGUGCGCCAGCUGCUGCAUCUACUCGAAGCGGACAACAACAAACAACAAAUACUUUCCAUCCUUCAAGAACGGUGUGAUGGCAACAGGAAUAUACUACAUGCUUGUGUGCACAUGUGUGCACCUACAUCAAACAAAGAACCCGAUAUAGUAGAAAAUUCUUCGAUGCCGAACGUAGCGAGCGGCACUAGUGGCAGCGGAAACAAUACCGAUGAAGCUGUGCCAGCUAUUUCUUGGCCCCCAGAAACAUUCGAGGCUUCCGGCGAUGAAGACAGUUUAAUGGGACUUACUAAUAACAGUAAAAUAUCGAAUGGCGGGGCGAACGGCGGCGGUGCGGUGAGCGCUGACCCGGCGGAGCGGCGCGGCAACGCGCUGGCCGCCCUGCGCGCGCUCUGCGAGAGCCCAGUCCUGCAGCCCUACCUCAUGCAGCUGCUCCUUGCUAAGGACGGAAUGGGCCAAACGCCGUUGAUGGCGGCCGUGGCGGAGCGUGCGUACCGCGCGGCGCUCGUGCUGCUGGACGCGAUCAGGUCGUGCCCCGAAGCGGACGAGGCGCAACGCUCCGAUGCCAUCUUCCCGCCCAACGCGCACCCUGACCACUCGCCGCUCCUCGUGCUCUGUUGCAACGACACCUGCAGCUUUACCUGGACAGGACAGGAACAUAUCAAUCAGGAUAUAUUUGAAUGCAAGACUUGUGGUCUCACUGGUUCGCUUUGCUGCUGCACUGAAUGCGCGAAGGUUUGCCACAAAGGACACGACUGCAAGCUGAAGCGCACGUCGCCGACUGCGUACUGUGACUGCUGGGAGAAGUGCCGCUGCAAGGCGCUGGUGGGCGGCAACUGGGCUGCGCGCUGCGACCUCCUCGCCAGGCUCGCUAGGGACACGCAGCUCGCCACGCAUUUUAACUCCAGGGGCGAGUCGAUCCUGCUGUUCCUGGUGCAGACGGUAGGGCGGCAGGCGGUGGAGCAGCGUCAGUUCCGCGCUGGCGGAGGGCGGGGUCGCGCGCCGCGCAAGCAGCCCGGCUCCGACGCUGAGGUGGACACGCCCGACCACGACCUCGAGCCGCCGCGGUUCGCAAGACGCGCUCUGCUACAUCUACUGGGUGAUUGGGCUGCUGUGGAAGCGGCUGUUAUGUGUGGCGCCACCGCCUCGGAGCCUGAAGGCCGGCCCGGCAGCCCCUCGCUUAACCAGUCCGGAACCACGCUCCUCGACAAGUUCACACACGCACUCAUCGUUAAGUGUACCAAUGAAAUGCUAGACACGUUGCUGCACACGCUAAUGCGCGAGCAGCAGAAUGAGGCGGUGCCGGGACGGGCGGAGCGCGCGCGCGAGGUGGCGCGCCGCUUCGUGCGCUCCGUCGCUAGGAUCUUCGUCAUAUUCAGUGUCGAGAUGGCACCAGGCGCAGCCAAGAAGAGAGGGCCACUUUCGAUCACAUCCUCGUUGGUCCGGUGCCGGCGUGUAUUCGCUGCGCUAGUAGCACUUGCCGUGGAGGAGCUGGUGGAGGCAGCCGACGCCCUGCUCGCGCCGGUCCGGCUUGGCGUGGUGCGCCCCACUGCCCCCUUCCCACUUGCCACAACCUACGUCGAUCUUGUUAAUGGCAGCGAGGAUUUGUUUGGAGUCGAGCCCCUAUCUACAGGACACACUCGGCUCGGACACAGUCGCAGGGAAUCAAACACCGGCGGAGGCCGCGGGGCAGCCGCAGGCGGUGCUUCAAUGGGCGGAUCAGCGCUGGCUCCUGACAGAGCCUCCACGCCCGUCGCCACUGAAUACGCAGAUGAUGUGGCCGAAGCGCCCUCCCUGGGUGGUGACGACGAUGCCUCCGAGACCGACGAGCCUGCCAUGGCGGCAGCCGACCCCACCCCGGACGCACAACACGAUGAUGCAAUGGGCGAAAGAGGGCAAGAACAACAUGUAGUCGUUGAAAACGGCACGGAGCGCGCGGAGGGCGGCGAAAGCGAGAGCGAGCUGGAUCUGCUGGCCGAGGUGGAGACAGAGAGUGACUCCGAUGACCAGGACAAUGCCGAGUCCGCGCAGCGCAGCGUGCAAACUCGCGCCACACAGGGUUCUGAUGCCGCAGGUAUAGCAUCGCUGCUAAUGUAUCCAGAGGACGAGAGCGGGGACUCAACGCAGCCGGAGGACGAGGACUCGGAGGCGGGCGAGACCGACGAGCAGGACGGCGAGGCCGAGCCUCCGCUGCACGACGGCGAGCCGCUCGAGCGCCGCGCCGCGCCGCCUGCGCGCCCCAACCUCGCGCCGCACUCCAUGCAAUGGGCGAUACGAUCGCGCGAGCCGACGCGCGGCACGACAAGCAGCGCAGGCGGGGUGCGGCUGACGGGCAGCUCCUCGCUGGUGUUCAUCGACCCCGCCUCGCUGCGACGUUCUGCCGCUGCGGCAGCUGCUGGCGCACACGACCCGCACUCCACAUCUACCACCGCUUCCUUCUUGGCACGAGCGUUCGGUAUUGUCAUCCGUCAAAUCGCGGAUCUACUGUGGGAGUAUGAACGUAUAACUCUGCCGUUACCGCGCCUGGUGCCUCUGGCCUACCGCGAGGCGCUGCGCCUGCAGUGUUACCUCGAACGACAACUCAAGCCCACUUGGGACUGGCUCGUUACCGUUAUGGACGCUACAGAAGCUCAGUUGAGAUUCGGCGCUUCAUUGACUUCGAACAACGCGGGCUCUGCGGCAGCGGAACACAGCCGCACCAACGCCACCACCACCCGCCGCACCACCUCUUUCACCUCGCCCGCCACGCGCAUCAUCGGCUUCUCGGAGGGACCGCGCGGCCGGGAUAGAGACCAAGGUGUGGAGGCAGGUAGCGCGCGGCGCGAGUUCCUGGCGUACUGCCUCUCGCUACUGCGCGCGCACAGCGCCGAGCACGCGGAGCAGCUGCCCGUGCUGGACGUGGCCGCGCUCAAGCACGUCGCGUACGUGCUUGACGCGCUCAUAUACUACAUGCGAGCUGCGCAGCCGCAACCGCACCACCACCCACAUUUAUGGACAGCCGACGAAAAUGAAAACGAGGAAGGCGACGAGGAGAUGGUAGUGGGUGGCGGAGGCACCAAUGAGUCUGACGGCGAGGGCGAUGGCGCACGCGGCCGCACGCACGCCUUCUUCCAGCGUUCCGACUCCACGCUCUGUCUGGGAUGUCCCCCGCCAGAUCCUUUCAAUAUGACAAUGCAAGAUGCACUGCCGCUGGCCGACCAGCCGCAGCUGCUGCAGCCCAACGCGCGCCGCGAGGACCUGUUCGGCAUGCCGCGCCAGCCCGUCACCCUGCCGCCCGCCGACGACGCCAACACCGGCGCCGCAAAUCCGCUUGAAGUGAUGUGCCUGUUGAAAGUGGUUCCUCGUCGGUUGGGUUUGUCGUCGCGCGGAGCUGAGCGCGGCUGGUCGCCGCCCGCGCGCCCCGCCUCCGCGCCGCCCGCGCACACACACACCAUGGCGCGCGACGAGCCGCAGGAUUUAUCCUGUGCUAAAGAUACUGUAACAAAAAUGGACACCGGAAGUGAUGGUGAAUAUCCAUCGGAUUCUGAUUCUGAUGAAGCAAGACAAAUCCAAAGGAAGAAACAUCACAGGCAUCCGCACGCGUCGACGUCUGGUAGCAGCUCGCGGCAGGACCGGCAGGAGGCGGCACCGCCAUCGGAGUUCCACACGCUGGUGGACACCGCCUGCUCCAUCAUAGACGCGCCGCACCAGCAGAACAUCGCACUGCCUAAACCGGGAGUGAGCGGAUCUGUGCACGAGCCGCGGCCGUCCACCUCGCGCAGCCCCGGCAAGACUGUUAUUGUACGUGCUGGCGAAUUACUAAGUGUUGCCGAUCCUUUAGAGUCGCAGGAGAUAUCUGCUCACGUGACAGUAGAGACGACCGGCCUCACCACGGCCCCCUUGUUACCUACACAAGUACUUAAUGCACCUGCUCAAGCUCGCACUUGUCCGUCACUGGGAGCGACCGUGUCGCACGACCUGCUGUUAGGUCGGUGGCGGCUAUCACUGGACCUGUUCGGGCGCGUGUUCACCGAGGACGUGGGCCUCGAGCCCGGCUCCGUGGUCGCCGAGCUCGGCGGCUUCCCAGUCAAGGAGGUCAAGUUCAGGCGCGACAUGGAGAAGCUACGCAACUCACAGCAAAAAGAUUUGACCCUGCAUAAGAUGGAGCGUGAUCGUGCGAAGCUACUGCAGCAGACAUUCGCGGAGUUGAAUAGCGCGUUCGCGGGGCAGAACCGCCGCGCGCACAGCGCACAGCCGCCGCUCGCCGUCAACCGUGUCAAGGUGACGUUCCGCGACGAACCCGGCGAGGGCAGCGGCGUCGCCAGGUCCUUCUACACCAGCGUCGCUGAGGCGCUACUAGCAAACGAGAAACUGCCUCCGCUGGAGUCGACCUCCGGCAGCGGACUCAACAGCAACGCGUCUAACGGCACCUCAGGCUCCAGCGGCGCCAAUGCAGGCGCCAGCGCUAACACUGGAACACGUAGUAGCGGUGCAGGCAGAGCGCGCGCUAAGGACACGGCGCGGCGGGUGCCGGGCAGAGCUGCGCCGCGGCCUCCCACCGCGCGCGAGCCGCGCCGCGUGCUCAGUGUCGAUGCGAGGCCGUACUCACCACAGGCUGCACCGGGGACUGAGGGCGCGGGGUACAGUGGCGACCGGCCCGGCGGACACAACGAACAUCUCACCCUGCAUCAGGCACAACUCGGCGAAAGAUUAUAUCCCAGAGUACAUUCUCUCCAUCCGACAUUUGCGGGCAAAAUCACUGGGAUGCUGUUAGAAUUGACACCUGCCCAACUUUUAGUACUACUUGCCAGUGAAGACGCAUUGAGACAGAAAGUGCGAGAGGCCAUGGACCUUAUAGUUAUGAAUCCUUCUGAAGCGAUACUAGACCUGGACGUAUUCUCGCUGUCGGAACGCGGCGGCGGUGUGGGCGGCGGCGGGGGCGCGGCACUGGGUGCUGGCUCGUCGGCGGCGGCUGCGGACGAUGCGGCGCCACUCUUCUACUCGCCAGGCAAGCGCGGCUACUACUCGCCUCGGCAGGGACGCGCCACCUCGGAGCGCAUCAACGCCUUUAGGAAUGUCGGCAGAAUCAUCGGGCUGUGUCUGCUACAAAAUGAACUGUGCCCAAUGUUCCUCAAUCGGCACGUGUUGAAAUACAUACUGGCCCGACCUAUACGUUUCCACGAUCUCGCGUUCUUCGACCCUGUCGUCUACGAGAGCUUGCGCCAACUCGUCGCCGACGCAGAGAAUGGAGAUUCUCAUUCCUUGUUUGCAGCUCUCGAUCUCAACUUUAGUUUGGAAAUGUGUGAAGAAGAAGGCGGUGGUUGUGUGGAACUGGUACCCGGUGGCCGAGAAAUCGAAGUGACCGCGCUCAACGUGUACGAUUACGUGCGCAAGUACGCACAACAUCGGAUGCUGCACUCGCAGGAAAAAGCGCUCGAGUCGAUCCGUGUGGGCGUAUUGGAUGUGUUACCCGAGUCCUCCUUGGAGGGCUUGACCGCUGAGGACCUGCGGCUCCUGCUGAACGGCGUGGGCGACAUCAAUGUGGCCGCGCUGGUCUCGUACACAAGCUUCAACGACGAGAGCGGCGAGCCUCCAGAGCGGCUCGUGAGGUUCAAACGUUGGCUCUGGGCCAUCGUUGACAAAAUGACUCAUCUUGAACGACAGGAUCUGGUGUACUUCUGGACGGGUUCGCCUGCGUUGCCGGCGUCGGAGGAGGGCUUCCAGCCAAUGCCGUCGGUGACAAUCCGGCCGGCUGACGACGCGCACCUGCCCACCGCCAACACGUGCAUCUCGCGCCUCUACAUCCCGCUCUACUCAUCGCGACACGUACUCAAGCACAAGCUGCUGCUUGCUAUAAAAACUAAAAAUUUCGGCUUCGUGUAGACGCUAUUUAGCCACCGAUUCUAUGUACCUCUAGCUAUAAGCCCAGUCAUAUAAGACUGCCGUUGUAUCUCCUCGUCGGGUGGACGGAUCUAUGAUGUCUUGUAUUUAUAUAAUGCCAUAAAUAUAGCUCUUAUGUCAUAUAUAUUUAUAGAAAGCCUACACUAUUGUAUGUCUCGUAUUCUCUUUAUGAUCUUGGACUAAAUUUAAACAUUAGGUAUUAUGGACUGACAUCACACAAUCUAAAGCUUCUAUUCAAAGAUUGACGUAAACAAUGCAAGCGGUCCGGUGUGCACAAGUUAACAGUAAUUAAUAAUCAUGUUUGAGGUAAAGUUCUACUUUACAUACAUUUAAUUCAAGUCUUAUUCUAGUAAUAGUAUAUAUACAUAUAUAAAAUGAAGCGUAUGUAUGUAUUUGAGUA